AUGCCUCUUCCAGAAACCAUGUUUUGUGCUCAGCAGAUCAAAAUCCCCCCUGAGCUACCCGAUAUCCUGAAGCAAUUUACCAAAGCUGCUGUUAGGACUCAGCCUCGUGAUGUUUUGCAGUGGGCAGCCGCGUAUUUCUCAGCAUGGUCAAGAGGUGAGCCCCUUCCUGUGAAGGAGAGGAUUGAAAUGCCUUUGGCAACAGAGAAAACGGAUGCUGGUUUGACCCCAGGACUCCUUAAAAUCUUGCACAAACAGCUUUCUCCCAAAGGCAUGGUGAAUGUUGCAGAACUGAAGGAAAAAUGGAAGCACUUGGGCUUGCCUGAGGAGCAGCUGAAAGCUAUCCUGCAGCUGGAUGACUUCGACGAGGAGGCAGAGUGGAUGAAGGUUCUGGCCCUCGGGUGCAGCGUGCUCGGCGGGUCCUUGCUGAGUUCAGUGAAACAUGCCUGCGAAAUCUUAACGAGCGACCCCGAAGGUGGAGCGGCUCGCGUGCCCUUCGAAACGUUCUCGUUCCUCUACUCCUAUUUGGCCCGUAUUGAUGGAGAGAUACCAGAGGAGAAAACUGAAGCAUUCCUCCACAGCAUUAAAGAACAAGCGGACCAGCAAGCUGGCAUGGUGCUGCUCAGAAACUUUCUGACCCAGCCCUCAACACAGCUUUGA